AUGGUCAAAGUUCUUAACAACGCCCCAGAAUUCGAAACCGCAAUCAAAACUGACUCUUUGGUUGUCGUUGAUUUCUUUGCUACCUGGUGUGGUCCUUGUAAAAUGAUUGCUCCACUCCUCGAAAAGUUUGACGAAAAGUUUGCCGCUGCUGCUUUCUACAAGUUGGACAUCGAUGAAGUCCCAUCAAUUGCUCAAUCCCAAGAUAUCACUGCCAUGCCAACUAUUGUUCUCUACAAGGGUGGUAAGGAAGUGAAGAGAGUUGUUGGUGCCAACCCAGCUGCCAUUCAACAAGCCAUUUCCAGCAACCUCUAA